AUGACCUUGAGAGAAGCAGGUCUGGCAAUUCUGCAAUUCGCAGUGGUCGGACAUAUGCCCUGUCUGUUGGCAGAUCGAGUUGGCGCAAUCGAGAUUGGGAUCAUGUGCCAAUUCUUCCUUGCAAUUAGAAACUUUAUGAUCGAGACUGGUGCACUUAUGGCAGCACCAUACCCGGAUAUCAAUAUUGGAGACAAGGACCCAAUUGACAAAGAAACAUCUGCUUCAUCACCUUGUGCAGCAUCAAGAGUAGAUGUCUUGAUCUGGUGUCGCUCCUCAGGCGAGAUGGCCUAG